GUUCUAGAGGUUGAUCUUCAGAGCAGCAGUUCUUGAUCUGUGUGAUGCCUCUCUGUUGUUGAUUUGUUGAUCUCUGUUAUUGAUGGAGGUGUAUUUGUCUGCCUGUCAGUAUGUCAAUGAUCGAGCCCGGGCCCGUACACACUGAGUUUGAGAUGAAGAUGUUUGCAGAUGUUUCUAAGAAAGAGUAUGUCGGUACUGAUCCAGAGACGCUACACCACUUUAGGACCUGCUACCUUCCCAGUGCAGCGAACAUCUUCCAAGGCCUGGGCCAAACACCUGAAGACAUUGCCAAGUGCACUAAGAAGGUGAUCGAGUCGCCGCGGCCUCCAUUCCGUAAUCUGACGAAUCCUUUGUACACCCCGAUCGUGGCGCUGAAGUACGCGGACGAGACGGGCAGCCUGUCUGUUCACACCUUCUAUCACAUGCUGUAUAAUCUGGGAGGAGUCAUGCAUGUUAGUCUGAGUAUCUUGAAGUGCCUGAGCUGUGGAUGUUUACGGAGACAAGCCAUCUCACCAACCUAACACACACUCAUACUUGCAUAUGUGGUUUACAGUGACUCUCAUAGGUGUAAUGGUUUUUAUACCGCACAAACUGUAUAUU